UCAACACUUGAUAAACAGAGUGAACUUGAUGUUUGUGGCUUUAACAGCACAGUCUCUAAUGAAGUCUACAUUGACGGCAUCAUACUAAAAACAGCACCAGAUCAUCCAACAAACGUGGAAAAUACAGAGAAACAGCCUUCAAUAACAGCAGCAGUUGGAGGCUCUGAGCUGAGGCAGGGAGCGGAGGCAGCAGCAGCAGGGAAGAGGAGACCAGACCAGAGGAGCGGAGGAAGAACAGACUCACAGCGACGACAGGCAGCCGGAGAGAGACCCCGCUCAGUCAUGCGUCCCAGGUCCAGACUGCUGGCUAAACGAGGCCUCCCCACCAUCAGGGAAGGCUAUGAGGAGCUGGUGCAAGACCUGAACCAGACCAACAGCCAGCACACCACCACACAGGACUACUUCCUCUCCAUCUGCCAUCUGGCCCGGCCCACCUUCCCUCUGCAUGAGCCUGAUUGUGACAUCCUCUCCAUCGGCCCUUUGGAUUCCCCAAAGCCCUGCCUACGCCUGCAUCGCCUGCGCCAUCAUCUGCAGCCUCCGCAGCCCCAAACCUCCACGGCCAGCGAGCAGAUGGUUGAACAGACCCAUAAAGAAAAAGAGACCACUAAAUCUACUCCAGCAGAAGCAGUUCAGGCUCAGGCUACGCAGAAGGAGGGUGUCCCAGGUCCUGCAGAUCCACUAGAGUACCUCUACAGUCACAGAGGUACACCGGCGCUCUCCACCAGAAGAGGGAGCGUUCCUCCACGAAGGCCACGAAGCGACACCUUCCCGUGUUGUUCCUCAGCACCGGAAAUCCAGCGCAAGAGCAGCUGCCCAGAGCUUUGCCUGGCUGACACAAUCACUGCUUCUACGAUCUUGCAGAGGUCGCCUCUCAGCAGGAAGAAGCUGGAUGAGGGCACUCUGGCCGCACGCAGUGGCGUUCCCAACAAGCUGGAUGGCGCCCCUGCUGGUUGGAAGGGAAAGAGCAGCCGCUGCAUGGACAAACAGACCAUAGUGUCCCACUGGAUCGCAGAGUGCCGCAGCGCAUGGAAGGAAGCUCGCAUUCGCGCAUGCAUGCUGCCAGCCAUCGCCGAAAAGUAAUUUACACUCUCUGUCCAGUGAGGUUUAAACAUCACCGUAACGUGGAUAAAUGUGGAAUUAUGACUUUGCACUUCAGGUUUAUAUGCAUAUACAUUUUUGAUGUAUUUUUAAAUCCGUGACCCUAUAGAUGGUGCCGUGUCAAUACCACACCAUAGUGUAGAGUUACAAUGAAUGUCGAUGAUAAGACUGAGCCAGUCCAGUAACGUCCAGUCGUGAACAAUAAAUGCAUUGAUUGUUGAAUGCCUUUGACAUUGUUUAGUGAGAUUUAAAGAAUUAAAAAUGUGUCAUCUUAAUCGCAGUUCGAAUAUUCAGUAAUGUUAAUAACACAAAAUAGUUUAAAGGAUAAAGGGAACAACAUGUAUAAUAUUCACUUACAGUAAAAGAAUUUCACUGUGCCCACGAUAAUACCUGACUGGGAGGUUUUUUGUAAAACCCAGGUUUUAGCAAAUUUGAUUACCAGGCAGCUACUGUGAUACACAUUAAUUAUGCAAUGCUUGCUUUAAAUAUUAUCACAUAUUUGAUCUAUGAUAAAAUGCAAACAAAAAUGAAACCUUUAACAUACAAAUAUGUUCAGAACUAUUAUGUCUAAAUAUGAACCUUUUAGUACAUUGGUACUGUAUUUAGGAGACUGGUAAAACGAGCAAGCUAUGAUCAUUUACUGCCACUUUCAAAAUGAGGUAAUGUUAAAAUAUUUUAAAA